AUGCAUCAACAGAAGUCUACAGAUCGUGGUAGGGCCGAAGAUUGUAGUGAUGAAAACAUGCCAAUCGAGUGGAAGCCGCAGAGACGCGACCUCUUUUUGAUGGCAAUCCUGGCUAUGCUGUCACUUAUGGUUGCCCUCGACGCCUGCGUCAUCGUAACCUCAUUACAUGUUGUCAUCGAGGACCUUGGGCUUAGUACGUACGACGGCUUUUGGAUCGGUACGGCCUAUCUGCUAGCCAAUGCCGUAAUGAUGCCGUUCAUCGCUGAACUUAGCCAUGUGCUCGGCCGACGGCUGUGCUUGACCGCUUCCGUUGCUUUCUUCGCUCUCGGUACCAUAGCUUGCUGCCUAUCGCACUCGAUCGGCUUAAUGCUGGUCGGGCGGUCACUCCAAGGCGUCGGUGGUGGUGGAAUCAUGGUUCUGUGCUUGGUCAUUUUCACUGAUCUUGUUCCUCUGCGGCAACGGCCCAAGUGGUACGGCAUCGUGUCGUUUCACAGUCAGGGCGCGUGGGCGUUGGGCAACUGCGCUGGCCCCAUACUAGGCGGCGUCAUUGCUCAGAACACCACUUGGCGUUGGAUAUUCUACAUCAUGUUUCCUUUCUGCGCCGCCGGCUUCGUUCUUGUGCCCUGCUCGGCUAAUGUCGAAAACUCGGCUGCACCUAUGAAUGAGAGACUGAGAAAGAUGGACUGGCUCGGCAACGCCCUGUUCGUCUGCUCCGCAACUUUGUUGCUGGUAGCUGUCUCCUGGGGCGGCUUGCGCUACAGUUGGAGCAGCAUCGGGACCCUUCUGCCUCUGGUUUUCGGUGCGGCUGGUAUGGCCUUGACCGUGAUGUACGAGUAUCGCUUCGCAGCCUAUCCGUUUUUGCGUGGGCGACUUUUCCAAACCGCAGGCUCUAUUGCAACCUAUGCUUGCGGCGCGAUCCAGGGGCUUGUGAUGUACGGGCAGCUCUACUACGUGCCUCUUUAUUUCAUGGAUGUCAAGAGCUUCACGCCGGUGCAGACUGGCAUCGCACUCUUCCCGGUGAUGUUCACACUCGUGCCGGCGUCCAUCAUCACCGGUCGACUCGUGACACAACAGGACAACUACCGGAAUCCUAUCUGGGCCGGCUGGACUCUGGCCAGUAUUGCGUCCGGCCUGAUGCUGCUCUGGGAUGCCGACACGCCAGCGAAGGUAUGGGCGCCAACACUUGUUCUGCUUGGUCUUGGCCACGGCGCCAUUUUGAACGCGCAGAACAUGGCCUCCCAGGCCAUCUGCGACGACGGCGACGAGGGUGCAGCCGCUGCAAUGUAUUCUUUCCUUAGGCAAUUUGGCAUGGCACUCGGGGUCGGCAUUGGCGGCUCCACCUUCCAGAACGUCAUGCUACUCAAGUUGGAGAAUUAUGGGUCGUUAGGCUCCGACGCACGAGGAGACACACACGCCGUUGCAGCCAUGUUGCGCUCCUCCACCGAUGCUGAGCUGAGGGCCAAGAUCUUGGACGCCUAUGUGUACGGCUUGCGAGGCGUCUACGGGCUGUACGUCGGGAUGUCAGGGGCGGCGCUUCUGAUAAGCCUCCUGAUCAAGCGCGUCCCAUUGAAGAAUGAGCUUCAUUCCGAGCACAGAAUAGAUGCCAAGGGGCCAGGCCAAGGCGGAGUUCGGCUAUCCCAAGGUUAA